UACGACACUAGCGGUAGUUUUAACCAGGGAUUUCGGGUAUAUUGCGGAUGGGGUUCAGCCAGCUAGGCUCGUACAGAAUGGAGGGGCAACGCCGCCGCCGUGCCGUUGUUUGCUGUACGUGCCGCCGCACAGGGAGACGUCAUUUUGAGGGGGAGCGGAGAGUUAAAAUGCAGAGUUACGAAGGGACGUACGGUUCAGAGACAAGCUGCACGUAACCGUCACACUGUAAAUGCAAAGCUUUACCCGCCUCGGACAGUAAAGUUCACAAUAUUGUCCAGAUUACCACAUAAUAAAUUACGCCCUUGCGUUAGCCAUAAUGGCUACCGCCGAGCCUAGUCUGAGAGGCUGUGUGGAUCUCAACAGCGAAAAGCAGCCAGCUGCCCACGGCGGUCGUGAUAACCCACUUAACUUUGGCACAUAGGAGUAUUUUAUCUGCAGCCGAACGGAUGGAUUUAGCUUCAGCAUAACUGUGAAUGGUCCACCAAGCCCACAUGAACAAACUCCUUGAUAGCUUUUGUAUGAAAGCACCCCCCCUCUCUAGACUACUCUGAGUGCGAUGGCGACCACCGACGAGGUCACAGUGUCGAUGGCGGAGGUGGUGAUGGUCAAGGGGGAUAGUGAAGGAGACCCAGAUGACCCGAAUAAGACUCAGGUCAUCCUCCAGCUCCAGCCAAUCCCCACUGGAGAUGAAUCUGCUGAAACAGAUGCAGCUGUCAUGACUGUUGAAGCACAUCCAGAACAAACUGAUGGAGAAGACGUUGAAAUUGGCUGUCCCAUAACAUGUGGCGAGAGUAAAGCUGUGUUACUAGUGAAGAAAUUUGUAUGCCCAGGAAUCAAUGUAAAGUGUGUCAAGUAUGAAGACCAACUGAUCAGCCCUAAGCAGUUUGUGCACAUGUCCGGGAAAGCCACUCUGAAAGACUGGAAGAGAGCCAUCCGGAUGGGUGGAGUCAUGCUAAGAAAAAUGAUGGAUUCGGGUCAGCUCGACUUCUACCAGCACAGCACACUGUGCACCAACACAUGUCGCAGCACCAAGUUUGACCUAUUAAUUAACAACACGCGGUUCCCUCCUGACGGCUCCGGGCUGACCACGCCCACAUCCUCUCAAGCUCAGGUGGUCCUGGGUAAUGGUGGCACAGCGGGCGAGGACAGAGCAGAAGUUCUGAGUGCGAAGAUGGACUGGAUUUCAAGCUCGCUGGAGGCUGCGGACAGAAAGGAAUCAAAUGAGAUCUCAGAGGACACGCUGAACUUCUGGAAGGGUAUCGCUGAUGUGGGUUUGCUGGGUGAAGUGGUGACCAACAUCAGCACAGAGCUGCUGGAGCUGCUGAACGGCGUGCAGCAGCGCAGGGAGCCAGCUGGCUUACAGGACACAGAUUCCUGUCUGGUAGAGGUGGCGGUGCUCAGCAACCUUGCCCAAGUGUUCGGCCUGCUCGACUCGGUCAAGAAGACACUGGAGAAGACGAGGCAGCAGAUGGAUCCCAGCCAGGAGCACACCCUCAGCACGCUCACCAACCUGGAGGUGCAGCUGGAAGAACAGAGGAAGCAGCAGCAGGUGCGAGCUCUGCUGUCCUGCCCGCAGCCCGCCAAAAACAAAACUCCCACAAAGCGCCAGACCAAGCGGCCGCGUCUUCAGAGGCCUGCCUCCACCACCACCCUCUUGACCUCGUCCAUCAACCAGCAGGCUGCCCUGCAGCCCCAGCAGUUCACCGUGCUCUCCCCCAUCUCGCUGUCCUCGGUGGGCCAGCCGUUUACCAUGGGAGGCCUGCCCAUCGCCUCCCUGGCCCAGUCCUCCAACACGGUCACCCUGCUCCCCGCCGGCUCGCAGCUUUUCACCCGCUACAUGGUGACAACCGGAGACGGAAAAGGGGACACCAUCACCUUGCACCCGUCCUCGGGCCUCACACUGGUGGGCACCACCAUGCAGGACUCCAGCCAGCUGGGCACCAUGGUGAGUCCCAUAGAGCUGCUGCACCUGAGCCAGCAGGCCGGCGGCGGCGAGAUGGUGCCCAUAGAAGGCCAGGUGAUGGAUGGCACCAUGCUGGUGCAGCAGGAGGUGAUGCAGAGCGACGCGGAGGCCGGCCAAGAGCACACGGUCAUUGAGAUCAACCCGGCUCCCAUGGAGCAGGCGGUGGGAGUGAUGGAGCUGCAGCUGAGCGAGGAGCCGGGCAGAGACGGAGCCGCCAUGAUGGUCCAGAGCGCAAUGGAGGUGACCAUGGCUGCAGCGGGGGAGGAGACACAGUGCCAAAUGCAGGAAGCACAGACUGGGGGGGUCCAGGGGCUGCAGCUGGACGCCAGCGGACAGUUGUCAGGGGUACAGAUAGUUGUAAUAGAAGAAAACACUCAGGAAGAAAACACGGUCAAAUAAAACACACCUCCUAUUUUACCCAGCAGAGCAGGUAUGGACUCGUACGAAGCGAUCACAGACUUGUUAAACUGUAAAUACGCAGAUUUUCCAAAUCCACAAAUUGCCUUGGCCUAAGACCAAGCUCUAGGGGUAGCCAUUUGUGUGUGUGUGUGUGUGUGUGUGUGUGUGUGUGUGUGUGUGUGUGUGUGUGUGUGUGUGUGUGUGUGUGUGUGUGUGUGUGUGUGUGUGUGUGUGUGUGUGUGUGUGUGUGUGUGUGUGUGUGUGUGUGUUCCUCUCAACUUGUUGAUUUUCAUUGAAACAAAAAAAACAACAAGGAAUCUACAGGAUGCUUCUGUUUGUUUUGUAUUUAAAGUGUUAUUCUAGAUUUAUUACAACUUAGGUCAAAUACUUGUAAUUUUGGCUAUGAUUUCUAGCUGUAAUUAUAACUUUGUAUUCACCAAGUUAAACACUGAGACAUGAGAAUAUUUCAAUAUUUUUGACAGAAGUCAGGCAAUCAGGUUAGCCACACCUAAAGUAUCUGUUUUCCUGUACAAUGAUGGAUUAUUACUGAUAUUUUUGGUGUGCUAACUUUCACUUUUCCCUACAAAUAAAACAGGAGUGGAUCAGACUUUCCCUAAACACAGCCCCUGGACCCGUACCAGGUCCAUUUGCUACCAUGCCUUGAGGAAACAAAAUGAUGGCAAAAAAAGCUAAUCUGUGGUAAAAUGUCAGGCUAUUUUUGCAAACCUGUGGAUUUUGAUCUUUAAUAUGUCGUUCAACACCCACUUAGCUCGAUCUAAUCAUUCGAUCUGCUAAAUAUUGUGCUCACAUUACUGUAGCUCCAAACUAGAUAACAUUUAGGAGA